UGUUGUUAUCUUGUUAUCGAUACUCAAUCGUUAUUCGUGAAUCAUUUUUUUUGGACAAACGACAAAGAAAAUUUAUAAACAAAUAAAAUGGCAGCAAUGAAAGGCUGGUUAUAAGUGCACUUUUAACGUGCCUGGGAAUGACAUUCUUGAUACUGGCUUGUGCCGUUCCCACGCCCAAGAUAUUCUAUCCGUUCUUCGUACUCCUCUUCUACGUGCUAUCGGUUUUGCCAGUUUUAAUAGCAAAGCGUUCUACCCCUGGCAACGAAACCAACCCAAAAACAGAAUUUGCACUCUUCCUUACGGCUGGUAUGGUGUUAAGUGCUUUUGCCCUGCCCAUAGUUCUGGCACAUUCCGCUGUUAUCACCUGGACGGCGUGCGUGCUGACUCUGAUAUCCAACGUUAUUAACUAUUCGACAAUGUUAGGGUAUGCUAUGCGGGAGGAUAACUUUGAUGCUCCCUAUGGAGGCAUGUUUUAAGUGGGAUCUGUAAAAUUGGCCCCAAGUGGGAGGCAGUAAUGUUUUUAAGCACCCGGCAAUGGUUUUUGGAUGAAGCAACUUUGAUGUAAUUCGCUCCAUCGCAGAAAACAGUCAAUCUCACAUUAAUAAAUAUAUUCAAAUAAUUAUUUAAUACAAAUAACAUUAUGGUUUAAUACCCAAUUAAGCGAUUA